AGCAGCGCGUCCCGCUUCCCUCCAUCCCUCCAUCCCGGCUGCGGGGACCGAGCUUUGCCCCUCCGAGGGUGCUGAGCGAGUCUCGGAGGGGGCUGCGGGGAUCAUGCCGGGGGAGCUGCGCCUCGGCAUCGCUUUCUCCUCGCUCUCCAUGGAGCCCGGACGUUUUCUACAAUGACUUUCCCUGAGCUGAGCAAUGGCAGCUUGAGUGGGAACAGGACGGGACAAGGCAGCCAGAGUGGUGCCAACCGGUCCUGGGGGCUGCAAGGUGAGGAGACCCCCGAGGGCAACGGCACCACGUUGACUUUCGCCUUGGAUGUGCAGGCGGUGGGCGUCGGGGUCUUCCUGGCUGUCUUCAUCCUCUCAGCCAUCGUGGGGAACAUCCUCGUCAUCCUCUCGGUGGCUUGUAACCGGCACCUGCAGACAGUCACCAACUACUUCAUCGUCAACCUGGCCAUCGCCGACCUGCUGCUCAGCACCACUGUGUUGCCCUUCUCAGCCACUUUGGAGGUGUUGGGCUUCUGGGUGUUUGGGCGCAUCUUCUGCAACAUCUGGGCAGCGGUGGAUGUGCUGUGCUGCUCCGCCUCUAUCAUGAGCCUGUGCAUCAUCUCCGUGGACAGGUAUAUCGGUGUCAAGUACUCCCUCAAGUACCCCACAAUCAUGACCGAGAAGAAGGCAGGGGUCAUCCUCGUGGUGGUCUGGCUCUCCUCCAUGGUCAUCUCCAUCGGGCCACUUCUGGGAUGGAAGGAGCCGCCACCGCCGGAUGAGAGCAUCUGUAGCAUCACGGAAGAGCCGGGCUAUGCCCUGUUCUCAUCCCUCUUCUCCUUCUACUUGCCCCUCAUGGUCAUCCUGGUGAUGUACUUCAGGAUCUAUGUGGUGGCCAGGCGGACCACCCGGAGCUUGGAAGCAGGGGUCAAGAAGGAGAGGAAUAAAUCCAUGGAGGUGGUACUGCGCAUCCACUGCCGCAGCGUGCUGGAGGAGCCUCUCUCCAGCACCCGGAGCAAGGGGCACAACUUGAGGAGCUCCCUCUCUGUCCGGCUCCUCAAGUUCUCCCGUGAGAAGAAAGCAGCCAAGACUCUCGCCAUCGUCGUGGGUGUUUUCAUCCUCUGCUGGUUCCCCUUCUUCUUCAUCCUGCCCUUUGGUUCUUUCUUCCCAUCUCUGAAGCCCUCUGAAGUCGUCUUCAAGGUCAUCUUCUGGCUGGGAUACUUCAAUAGCUGCGUGAACCCCAUCAUCUACCCGUGCUCCAGCAAAGAGUUCAAGCGAGCUUUCAUCAGGCUGCUCAAGUGCCAAUGCCACCGCAGAAGAAGGCCCAUAUGGCGUGUAUAUGACCACCACUGGCGAGGGGCCUCCAUGAGCAGCUCAGUGCAAGACUCUGAGACAGACCUGAGGCCCAGGAUUAACACCCUGAACAGCUCGUUCCUAUUUAACUCCUCCUUGCAGGAGAGACCCAGUAAGAGGCGAACACUCAGCUUCAAGGGCUGGAAAAUGCUCACUCCUUUCCAGAAACCAGCAUCCACCCAACUGAAGGAGAAGAUGAACAGCCUUUCUAACAAAAUCCGGGGUGGCUCCAGCAAAGGAGGGAUGACAGCCACCUACAAAACAGAGGUGGAGUCUGUCUCCAUCGGGAUCCCUCAUGACUUCACGGAAACUAUUGACUACCAAACCUAUGACUUAACAGACUGCUGCGGGCUGAGAGAAACAGAUAUUUGAACCCACUGGGACAGCUCUUGAUGGUUUCUUUAGAGGUAUCUAGCAGGAAAGUGAAGGGAUACCUGUGGGUCUGUCAGGCAGACUGGAAGCAGCAAUCAGGUAUAAAAUGCAGUUGCCCAAAGGUUGUCAAAGCACCCCCCACGCAGAGGUCGGCCUCUUCUGUGGGAUCAUGGGUUCCUCAAAUAAGAGCCAGUGGCACAUCCCAUUUUAAUGAGCCACAGCGUGAGAGGAAGAUGUGGGGUGGAUAUGGCCUUAGGACAAGAGCUGUUUCCUCCAGUGAAUGGUUAUCUUUGAUUCUGGAAGAAGCUGUGCUAUUAAGGGAAACCAGGAUGUCUCCUUUGCCUUAAAAAUACCACCAUCAAAUCUAAUGGAAAGCUCGAACCCCUACAGAUGCCAACCCUGCCUUAGUACAUGUACUCACGUUCCCAUCCAGAGGCAGCAUCCAGAAAGAACUCUGCCAAGCAGUAGCUGGCAGCUCAUCCUUUAGAUAAUGGGUUGGGAGCGUGUAGGUCUACAGGGUUGGAUAAGACCUCCAGGAGAGGCCUUUGCUUUGGGGGGUGAGCAGACUGUGGUAUUCCCAAGCAGGGUAGGGGCAUCCUGACUCUCUGCCAUCAUGUGCAGUGACCACAGCUUUGUCCCUUCCAUGUAACCUGGUUUUAGGCCAGAGGAGCAGUCCAGUUGUGUACACUGAUGUCAAUGGGUGUGCAGGUCUCUCUUCUGUAAUUCCAACCUGUGAUGCAUUUCUCAUUUCACUUUCCAGUGAAACACUUGUAACCCAUCUUGCUCUAGUGCACAUCACUCUGUGAUACAGAGAGAAAGCAGCUCCUUUUGGUGUUGGCCAUCCCCAACCUUUUCUGUCCCCUUCUUGCUCUUGUUGUUGUCCCUCUAAGACAACACAGAAUAAAGAUGUAUCCCAGGGGCUUCACUCAGGUCUGUAGUCAACCUGCUCUGUGGCUCAGGAAAGGCGGGAUGGCUCAGUUUGAGCCCUCUACUGCCCAUCUAAAAUGGAGCUGAUGUGCACUUGGAGCUCCCUCAUGUAGGUUGAUCUUCUCCCCCAGCAGGGUCAUGCCCAUGUCUCUUCGCUAAAGUGACUUCCCAUAUACCUGAUACAUCAAAGCCUUUGGUGGUUGUCAACAAUGGCCCUUGGUUAUGUCUUUUAGCAUGGGCAAACGCAGUGUCAAUAAGGAGAACUUUUGCCCUGCUCACAACCCCAGAGUGAGAGUUCUCCUUAGGAGGACACCAUGGCCUUCUCCAGGGAUCUCAGGGAGGUUGGUGCCAUGACAGGCCCACCUCAGCCAGGCUCACACAAACAGUGUUUGCAACUCAGAAGAUCACCUAAAACCUACUUGACCAUGUAUCGCAAGCACUGGUUUUAUCAAAUGUCAGACUAGCAAUGAGUGAUCAUCAGAUUAAGCUGUGAGCAGAGGCAGGAGACACGUAGGUGAUGGAGGCAAAGUCUGGAUCUGAGGUGCAAUGUCUCAAGCCAAGUGACUCUAGAGCAGAACAUGAAGUUGAGGAGUGGAAACAUGAAACUGAAUGUGUCCUGGGUGGAAACUCAUCCACAUUAGCACUUUCUCCAAACCCCAUUAGGAAUCUUUCCUGCAUGUGCCUACAGCACAUCUAGCUAAAGGUGGCUAUCAAAGCAAGAUGAAAGGCUCCUAGGCACAGCACAGAGAAUGUCACAUUUCUUUUUCUGUUCAAUUGCUUUAAAGGAAAUCAAAUCAGAGGAAAAGUCAGUCUGUGGUUUCUUACUUUUAUGUACAGUGCAUACUGAGACAUGACACCUGGGGCUGGCCCUAUCUCAACACCCUUAACACCCUUCCGCCCUUUCCUCAAGGCAAGACUCCAAACUGGACAAAUUACUGCACAAAGACCUGCAGAUUUUGUCCAAAUAUCUUCCUCCCAGCAGCAAAUCCCAUCAAGGCACAUGGGCAGCAUUGCACUCACACUGAACCCAGACUCCUUACUGCCUGUAUAUUGCCCAGUGUCUGCAGAGGUUGCCAGCUUGAGAGGUUCAACCCUAUAAAAGCAAGGGACUGAUGCCCCGUGGGGAACCUCCAUGGGGAAAUGCAUCUUAUUUGUCCUUGUUUUUUUGACCUUCAAGGGAAGUGAGACCCUACAGAGGUGAUGGAGUGACACAGAAGGCCAUUUUGCAGUGUAAGGGCUGCAGAUGCUGAUGGUUUCCUGGGCUUUUUUGGGAUCUUGGUGCGAAAGCACACUGCUGGCACUGGGGAUGUAGUAGAGAAGGCAUUGGGGAGAGAGCAGAGAUGUCUGGAAAGUCAAAGUGAAAGCAUUACUUCUGCCUUCCUUUCAGGAUGCAUGUGCACACAUGCCAAUAUCAGAGGGACUAAAUGCACCUAGACCUGCAUUUUAGGACCCUGUUCUGGUGACAGUGCUUUGCAGGUCUAACGCAGGCAAGCGCAUAAUGAAAGCAUUUUGGGGACACAGUUUAGGAUGAGCUGAUACAGAUAGUAUCAGACUUGAAAGUCUAUUCAAGGGGGAAGAUGAACAUUUGCCAUUAAAUGCUCUCUGAUGCUCAGGAGUCGAUUUAGCUGGUGUCUCUCCAUAGCCAGAUGUCCACAGCACAUGGUAACAUCUGCAUCCAUGGCCAUAAAGAUACACAUACAUACUUUACUAUAUUUAUACAUAUGUGUCACCUCCAAAAUAGCACAUUCUCCUAUAGAUGGGCAGACAUCCUACAAAUGGAGACCUUGCAGGGGCUUUUAGCAAUCGCUGGCAAGCAGUUCAUUCCCAUGAAUGACUUAACAUUAUUGCUUCCACUUACAGCCUCCAGCCCAUUGAAAGCAACCACAAGGGAAAUAAAGAUUAGCCUGGAGGUUUACUGCCUCUCCAUCCCAAUUCUUUACAGACCUACGAGGGAGAAAAUGAGGAUAAAGGCUAUUUAAGCACACAUGCAUAUACACAUAAAAAUGCCCAAACUGGCUUAUUUACUUACUGCAUUUGAUCUGGCACUGAGGUAUACCCUGGAAGGUGCUGUAGGAUAGUCUUGAGCUCUGCUGUGCUGCAUUCAGGCAAAAUACUUGUUUCUCACCUUAGGUAGAACCCCCUUUCAUUUAGCAUCUUGCAUCAGAAGAAGCGAUGCCAGGACUGGAUUCUGAGGCUGUUCAUGCAGAGCUUCAUUUAGAGUAGACAGGAUUGCCUUUGCUGGUAGGGGAGGAAGGACAAUGUUGCAUGAAGGAUGACCUGAGUAUCUAAAAUUGUACAUUUCGCUCUGAUUCCCUUUAUCUCCAAACUCUCCAAGUUCGGAAAAAUGGGCUCAGACCUUCAGGAGGUGAAUCUGGUCUGAUCCCACUGACUUCUCUGGACCCACAAUGGUGCGACCAGCUGAGGGUAUGGCCCCAUUUCUCCAGAUCUGCCAAGCAGGCCAUUUCCCAAAGCCCCCAUACCUUGGUUAUCCAGCAGCCCUCACCUCAUUGCACUGGCUUUGUAUCACUAAUAUCAUCAUCAGACCUUGCUUCAGCAAACCGAGUGAUGAGGAUGGUGAACAGGAACUUUUAUGUCAGUAGACUCUUGAGAGUCCUACUUCAGGGGGAAGGAAGGUCCCUGUCAGCCUGAGCUGGACUGCAGUUGGGUUGCAUUCCUAUUGUUUACAGUGUGUAUAUAAGUGUACAUUUUCUUUAGCAGACAUUGGGAUUUUUUAUGUCUAGAUUUUUAUUUUUCAUCCCCAGAUGUAUUUAUUAGCCGGAGUCUUUCUGUUUUGUGAUUCAAGUCCUGUCAGAUUGAUGUAAGCUCUAUGAAACAGAAUGCACAUAUUUUUGUUUGUUUGUACCAAAUACAUGCACAAACCUGUCUAAAA